AGAACGCGUUUUUUCUUUUCUUCUUGUUAUUGUUAAUCAUUAAAGAGUUCUGUAUAUAAUGUCAUUUGGUUUUGGUUCAACAGCUAAUACAACAUCACAGGCAGGCACAUUGUUUGGAGCUAACAAUAACACCUCUGCUGGAACUUUAUUCGGUGCCAAUACUAGUAAUGCAUCAGCAGCAGGCACAUUAUUUGGUGGUCCUGCAGCAAAUACUGGAUUUGGAGGAUUCUCAAAACCAGCAACCACAAGCGCAUUUGGAGCAACUACAAGUCAACCUGCAGCAGCACCAGCAACUACUGGAUUUGGUGGUUUUGGAGCAAAUGCUACUUCCACUGGCAGUGGAUUUGGAGGUUUUGGUCAACAAUCACAGGCACCUUCAGCUUUCGGCCAGCAAUCACAAGCACCUAUGGGUUUUGGCCAACAAUCACAAGCACCUACAGGUUUUGGUCAGCAAUCACAAGCACCCACAGGAUUCGGUCAACAAGCGCAGGCACCCACAGGAUUCGGUCAACAAACACAGGCAACUACAGGGUUUGGUCAACCUGCAGCAACAAGUACAGGCUUCGGUCAACCCUCGACAGGGUUUGGCCAACCUGCAGCAUCGACUGGAUUCGGUCAACCCGCUGCUACCGCAGGUUUUGGAUUUGGAGCAAAACCUGCUUUUGGAGCAACCACGAAUAAUUUAUUUGGAAAUAACCAACAACAACAACAGCAACAACAACAACAGAUGGGUGGUGCUCCUGUACAAGAAAAAGUAUGGCAAGACCUUGCAUUGAUUAGAGCACAUUUCGAUCCUACCUCACCUCUCUGUCAAUUUAGACAUUACUUUUAUAAUAUGGUACCAACGAACGAAGCACAUUUAUACGUACGCCCUCAAAAUCAAGACGAGAAUUUGUGGAAUGAAGCUGUUCGUAAAAACCCUGAUCCUACAUGUUUGGUACCUGUAUUAGCAGUGGGUUUUGAUGAUAUUUUAAAGCGUAUAGAAAUUCAAUCCAAGCAAGUCGAAAUACAUCAAGAAACUUUGAAGGAAACUGCAAACAGAUUAGCAACAGUACAACGUCAGUAUGAUCUCAGUACCUUGGUUAGAUUGGAAGAGCACAAACGUCGUCAUGCAAAUUUGGCGCAACGAUUAUUAAGACUUCUUCGAUACAGCCAAGUGCUUCGUUAUAAAGGGUUCCCAUUGAAUUCUGAUGAGGAACAGGCAAUUAAACAAUUGAGCAAUCUCGUAAGUCAACCAAACCAACCUCCACAACUGGCCGAAAAGAUGAAUCAAUUAUAUCGUCAACUUCAAGCCAUCAAAGCACAAAGAUUGAAACAAAAUGAUCAACCUGAUGUUUGGCGUACUGUUAGAGAGAGGGAUGCUGCAGAAAUUGCUCAGAUUUUGGAUGAUGAACAAAAGGGUAUCAUGUACGUUACUAGCAUGUUAAAAUCCGAUGCAAAAGAGCUCGAAGUUAUAGAAGUGGGAUUAAAGGAUAACGGCCGUAGUAUGAGUUACUGAGAGAAAGAAAAUAUACACAUAUAAUAAAAGGGAUGUUUUACACUUAAAAUUCGCUGUGCCAAUUUUUUUUCUCUUUUUUCAGACGAAUUAUAGUGCA